UAUCAGGAUCAGCUGCCGCAGGUCGAUCUGUCGCCGGUUGUAGUUGAGCGGGACUUGAACGGCGAUGAACCUGCCAACACAGCCCCGGGUUGAAGAUGGACGCCGUGCACAGCAUCACGUCCAUGGUCAUCAGGGCAUCACACAGCACCGUGCUCAGGGACCACACACCUCCCUGGAACUGGAAAGAUCCCAGGGUCAGCAGAUGCCUUUAAAGUGACAGGGAACACCUCUGUGCCUGGGUGCCUCAGCCACUCCCGGUUCCUCCAGACAAGCAGCCCAAGGCCGAGCGCUCCUCCCGUGGCACGAUGCUCCUGGCAUGGCAGUGGCACACAGGAGUCAGCCCCGUAUAUGAGCUCACAGCCUGCCCAGGGCUGGCAGGAGAACUGAGCCCACAGAGCAUCAGCACAACCAGCUUGGUCAUCUUGGCCAGGGGCACAGCUCUGCACAGCCCCUGGCAGAGGACAGGCAGCAGGACAGGCAGCAGGACAGCAGUGGCUGAUGCUGGUACAGAGACUACUUGCAGCAGUUUGUUCCAAGCGAGCGCUCAUCUCACCCAGAGAGAACCACUCAGCCUCAGGAGCUGCUGGCCCGGCCCGGGGCAGACGCCCCAGGGCACCUCCACUCGGGGCAUCUCCACUCGGUGUGUUUGCGGCUCGGAGGGCAAGGCAGCCCCUGGCCCCGUGGCCCCGGUGGCACUCGCAGAGCUGGGAGUGAUGCAAGGAAAUGCCUCCAAGCCGCUCCCCGCUGGCAGCAGCGUCACCGUCAGCUCAGGGCCUGGGCAGGGCUCACCUGCAGACACACAGAGACAACCCCAUGCCCACAUGGCCUCACACAGAACUUGGACUUACCCUGCAAAGCUCCGAGUGCUGAUUUUGGAGAGUCUGUCUGCAUCCUCCCUGUGGUGUGGGCCAGGAUAUGCAGCUUUGUGAUGAAACCCUCUCUUUUCCAAAGUGCAGUUUUCUGUCUUUACCUCCACCACAGAAAAAGGAGAGGGGAAUCUCCACUCCCACUUGGAACGUUCUCACAAGCGGAGAAUGGGAGCAGCAAGGUGCGGAUUCCCAAAGCUCCAAUCAGUUGAUAUUGCUGAGCAGGAUCCUUUAUCACUCCUGUUUCCAGAAUGUCUCCUGGAGGAAGGCAGGUGUGUUAUAAAUUCCUGAUACGGCUCCUGUGUGGUCCUUGGGGAAAGAUUUCAGGAGAGGACAUGGUUUCCAUGAUGACGACUCUGUGGCAAGUCAUUAUUCCCAUGAUUGUCCUGUCCCACUUCUCAGCAUCUCUGCCAUCCCGGGAGAGUCCCCCCAGGAUGGAGCGACAUGCUGACGGGCUCUUCCACAGCGAGCUCAGCAAGAUGAACGGCAACGCCUACGUGAGGCAGCUGGUCAGACACCUGGUGGGCCUCAAGGAGAGGUCCCAGCGGCACUCGGAUGGGCUGUUCACCAGCGAGUACAGCAAGAUGAGAGGGAAUGCCCAGCUGCAGAAAUUCAUCCAAAGCCUCAUGGGCCGCAAGCGCAGCUCUCCUGGCCCGGUCAACACAGAUGUGCAGGAGAGAGAGGGAGAGAACAGCCCUGUAGAACUUUGCUUUCUCUGGUUGUACCAGAGCUUUCUGAACACCAGCCUCUCAGACAGAGAUGCCUGGGAAGCUGCUGCCACCACCAGCCGGUACAUUUGCCCUGUCUCUAAGCCUCUGGUUGCAGACAUGAAGGAAGAUACAGAUGGUUCUGCCUGAAGGUGAAGGGAAAAAACCAGCCAAGUAGA